AUGUCUUUCAACACAAGCUCUUUGCAAAACUCAUUGAAUGCAGUUUCCACUUCUCCUACUCAAUCUUUCAUGAAUUCAAUUCCUGCUAGAUUGAAUGCUGCUAAGCAAUCAAAGACUUUAAAACCUUUUUCUAGUGGUGAUUAUAAAGUUUUGUUGCUAGAAAACGUCAACGAAACUGCCAUCAAGAUCUUUGAAGAUCAAGGUUAUCAAGUAGAUUUCCAUAAGGGGUCUUUAGCAAGUGACGAAUUGUUGGAAAAAAUCAAGGACGUCCAUGCUAUUGGUAUUAGAUCAAAGACAAAAUUAACUGCUGAAGUUUUAAAACAUGCCAAGAAUUUGAAAGUUAUUGGUUGUUUCUGUAUCGGUACAAAUCAAGUCGAUUUACAAACUGCUGCUGAGUUAGGUAUUGCUGUUUUCAACUCUCCCUUCUCAAACUCAAGAUCCGUGGCUGAAUUGGUCAUUGCGGAAAUCAUUUGUUUAGCAAGACAAGUCGGUGACAGAUCUAUUGAAUUGCAUACUGGUACCUGGAAUAAGGUCUCAGCUAGAUGUUGGGAAGUUAGAGGCAAGACUUUAGGGAUCAUCGGUUAUGGUCAUAUCGGGUCUCAAUUAUCCGUCUUGGCUGAAUCCCUUGGUAUGCAUGUCAUCUAUUAUGAUAUCUUAACAUUAAUGGCUUUGGGUACCGCAAAGCAAAUUCAAAAUUUUGAUGAAUUCUUAGGAAUGGCUGAUUUCUUAACUUUACACGUUCCUGAAACUCCAGAAACUAAAAAUUUGUUAUCUGCUCCACAAUUUGCUGCUAUGAAAGAUGGUGCAUAUGUUAUUAAUGCUUCAAGAGGUACUGUCGUCGAUAUCCCUGCUUUAGUACAGGCCAUGAAAGUUGGCAAGAUUGCAGGUGCCGCUAUCGAUGUUUAUCCUUUCGAACCAAAGAUGAAUGGUCCUGAUUUAUUUACUGAUGAUUUAAAUGUUUGGACUUCUGAAUUGGUUUCUUUACCAAAUGUCAUUUUAACUCCACAUAUUGGUGGCUCUACCGAAGAAGCUCAAAGUGCCAUUGGUAUUGAAGUUGGUACUGCUUUAACCAAAUAUAUCAAUGAAGGUAAUUCAGUUGGUUCAGUUAACUUCCCAGAAGUUUCUUUGAGAGGUAUGGACAUCAAUCAACAAGAUGCUGUCCGUGUCUUAUAUAUCCAUAGAAACAUUCCAGGUGUUUUGAAAAUUGUUAAUAACAUUUUAUCAAACCAUAAUAUUGAAAAACAAUUCUCAGACUCUCAUGGUGAUAUCGCUUAUUUAAUUGCCGAUAUUUCAAACGUCAACUUCAAAGACAUUCAAAGUAUUUAUGAUCAGCUAGACGCUACUGAUGCAAGAAUUAAAAUCAGAGUUUUAUAUUAG